GCAGGAGGGGCAGGACGCACAGGAAGAGAAACGCACAGAGAGGGAACCUGGAGACUUGAAGAGGCUGUGGUGAAUCUGAAUCCCUCAGCCACUGGACUGCUGCGUCUCCUCGAGCCUCCAUUGCUAGGAAAGGAAGGUUUAUCUAUCGGUAUACUUGUGUUUCAUCUCACCUGUAAUAAUGACCGGUGGCCCGUUGGGCACGGCGUUGGCAGUGGCUUUGCUCGCCUGCACUGUGCAGUGUAUGCCGAAAGGAACGGGGAAACAUAGGAGACAAGCUCAGGAACACUCGGUGUCAUCCGUGUCCCAAGAUGACUGUGUUGAGAAUGGUCAGCUUUAUGGAGUUGGAGAGCAGUGGGAGCGCAGUUAUCUGGGCAGCACACUGCUCUGCACUUGUCAUGGAGUUUCUGGUAUAAAGUGUAAAUCAAAGCCUGAUGCUGAGGAAACCUGCUAUGAUAAAGUAAACGCUCGCUCCUAUCGGGUCGGAGAGACUUACGAGAGGCCCAAGGACGGGAUGAUCUGGGACUGCACUUGCAUUGGCUCUGGCCGAGGGAAAAUCAGCUGCACCAUUGCGAACCGCUGUCAUGAGGGAGGGCACUCCUACAAAAUUGGAGACACAUGGAGGAGACCCCAUGACACUGGAGACUACAUGCUGGAGUGCGUCUGUUUGGGAAAUGGGAAAGGAGAGUGGACCUGCAAACCUGUUGCGGAGCGCUGUUAUGACAAUGCAGCUGGCACAUCCUACAUGAUUGGUGAGACCUGGGAGAAACCCUACCAAGGCUGGAUGAUCGUGGACUGCACCUGCCUAGGAGAAGGAAGUGGACGUAUUACAUGCACAUCCAGAAAUCGCUGUAACGACCAGGACACAAGCACUUCUUACCGGAUUGGAGACACGUGGAGCAAGACGGAUUCUCGCGGGCACGUGCUACAGUGUUUGUGUACUGGAAAUGGACGUGGAGAAUGGAAAUGCGAGAGACAUGCUUCACUGCACACCACUAGCCUGGGUACUGGGUCUCGUGUGGUGACCAAUGUCCAGCCUGCAGUGUACCAGCCACAGGCGGUGCCUGAACACCCCACUGAGGGAUCCUGUCUGACAGACGCAGGUGUUUCCUACACCCUGGGCAUGCGCUGGAUCAAGACCCAGGGCAGCAAACAGAUGUUGUGUACCUGCUUGGGGAACGGUGUCAGCUGUGAAGCGCCAGAGAGCCAGUUCCAGGUGUAUGGUGGGAGCUCUGGUGGCCAGCCGUGUGUGUUUCCUUUUGUGUUCAUGGGGAAAACGUUCUACUCCUGCACGUCUGAGGGACGCAGUGAUGGGCAGCUCUGGUGCAGCACCUCAUCCGACUUUGAGAAAGACUACAAGUACUCCUUCUGUACCAGCAAUAAUGUUAUGGUCACAACCAGAGGGGGAAAUUCCAAUGGUGCACUCUGUCACUUCCCAUACCUUUACAAUGGCCGUAACUACACUGACUGCACCGCUGACGGCAGGAGAGAUGGCAUGAAAUGGUGCGGCACAACUUAUAACAAUGACCGAGAGCAGCGGUUUGGCUUCUGUCCCAUGGCAGCCCAUGAGGAGGUGUGUACCACUGGUGAGGGUGUGAUGUAUCGUGUGGGAGAUCAAUGGGACAGACGCCAUGAUGUUCUGGGUCACAUGAUGCGCUGUACAUGUGUGGGCAGUGGCCGUGGAGAAUGGAGCUGCAUCGCCUACUCGCAACUCAAAGACCAGUGCAUUGUGGAUAAUUUGACCUACGAAGUAAAUCAGACUUUUACUAAACAGCAUGACGAAGGCUACAUGAUGAACUGCACCUGUUUCGGUCAAGGCCGUGGACGCUGGAAGUGUGACGCUAUCGAUCAGUGCCAGGAGCCAGAGACUAGAGUGUUCUAUCAGAUUGGAGAGUCCUGGGACAAACUCAUUCAGGGAAUCCACUACAGAACCACAAAUCUCCACUACGAGAUCCGACGAGGAUCUGCAUUAAUAAACUGUGAGAAGGAUAUAUCUCUAUCGGGUGUUCAUCGUCCAGCCCAGGUGAUUAUAUCAGAAUCUGGCAACCAGCCCAACUCCCACCCCAUCCAAUGGAACGUGCCGGCUUCUGCUCACGUCACACAGUACAUACUCAGGUGGAGACCGAAAAAUACCCAUACCCAAUGGAUGGAGGUCACUAUUCCAGGCCAUCUGAACUCUUACACCAUUGCUGGACUAAAGCCUGGAGUCACCUACGAAGGUCACCUCAUCAGCAUCCUGAGUUUUGGACGUAGAGAAACCACUCGCUUUGAUUUCUCCACCGUGCAUGGCUCAUUGGCAGCCUCUGAGGGAGAGACCACCUCGCCUCCUCCGAUGGUGGACACCUCUGAGUCUGUGACUGAGAUCACUUCCAGCAGUUUCGUCAUCUCUUGGGUGUCUGCGUCCGACACGGUGUCUGGAUUCAGGGUGGAAUAUGAGUUGAGUGAGGAGGGAGGGCAGACUGGACAGCCCAUGGUCUUGGACCUCCCUCAUACGGCCACAUCCGUAAACAUCAGUGAACUUCUCCCAGGAAGGAAGUACACUGUAAAUGUGUAUGAAGUGACAGGAGAAGGAGAACCUAGCCUGAUCCUUACUACUUCCCAGACCACAGCUCCUGAUGCUCCUUCUAAUCAUGAAGUGAAGGAGGUGGGAGAGACCUCCAUCCUCAUCAGCUGGUCUAAACCCGUAGCUCCAAUCACAGGUUACCGUGUGGUUUACACACCAUCUGAAGAGGGAAGUUCUGGUAGCACUGAGCUGAACCUGCCUAACACAUCCACAUCACUGACCCUGGGUAACCUUCGUCCUGGUCUGCUCUAUAACAUCAGCAUCUACUCGGUGGAAGAGAAUCUGGAGAGUGAACCUAUUUUUGUUCAGGUCACCACUGCUGGAGAACCACUGGCAGAGGAAGUCCCCUCUCCAACCGAUCUGCAGUUCUUUGAAGUGUCUGACUCUAAGAUCACAAUCACUUGGACCGGACCAUCCACAGUGGUGUCAGGGUACCGUGUGUCUGUGGGCGAGGUUGGUCCAGAUGGGUUGGUCGAGAGAGAACUCCCCUUUCCAGUGACACAGAACGCUUACGCUGAGAUCACACACCUCCAGCCUGGAACCCUCUACCGGUUCUUCAUCUUUGCUCUCAAAUCAGGAGAAGAGAGUGAGCCGCUGGUUGGAGAGCAAGCUACAAAGCCCGACCCACCCACCGAUAUUCAUUUCACAAACGUUACCGAAGACAGUGCUGUAAUCAUCUGGUCAGCUCCUAAGGCUCAAAUCACAGGUUACAGACUUUUCCUGACUGUCGAGGGCUCAAACCCCAAACAGCUGCGUAUUCCUGCCCGCCUGUCUCAGUACACACUCCUCAACUUGCAGCCUGAUGCUGAAUACACUGCCACCCUGCAUGCAGAAAGAGGCACUGUGCUUAGUGAGGGAUCCCUCGCCACCUUCACCACAUUUCAGCCCAUGAGAAAUGCUCCUUCCUUCAGCACUGAUGUCACAGACACCUCCAUCAUUGUCUUCUGGACCCCUGCGCCUAAAAUUGGAUACAAGUUGACCGUGAGGCCCAGCCAAGGUGGAGAAGCUCCAAAGGACAUGAUCUCAGAGUCUGGUAGUGUCCUCAUCUCAGGUCUAACUCCUGGAGUUGAGUACACCUACAGCGUCCAGCCAGUCUUCGAUGGUCUUGAGCAUGGUAACCCCAUCACUCGACGUGUGGUCACUCCUCUGUCUCCACCCACGGAUCUGAACCUGGAGUCCAACCCGAACACUGGAGAGCUGACCGUUCAAUGGAACGAUGCUAAAAUCCCAGACAUCACGGGUUACAGAGUGACCUGCACUCCCACCAAAGGGCAACAAGGGAACUCUAUAGAGGAGUUUGUGAAGGCAGGACAGAACUCAUGCACGCUAGAGAAUCUGAGUCCAGGAGUGGAGUACAAUAUCAGCGUGUUUACUGUGAAGGAUGACAUGGAGAGUGUUCCUGUCUCCACCACUGUGACUCCGGAUGUGCCCAAAAUAACUGACCUUAGCUUCAUCAACAUCACUGACUCCACUAUCGGCCUCAGCUGGAGUCCUCUUAACUCCACCGCCGUUACCGGCUACCGCAUUACGGUGUUGGCUGCUGGGGACAGUGUCCCAAUCUUUGUUGAAUUUGUGGAGCCCACGACAGCCUUUUAUACUGUGCACGGUCUGGAGCCUGGUAUUGAUUAUGACAUAACCGUCACCACAGUCACAGAAAACGGAGAGAGCGAACCCAUCACCAUCACCCAGCAAACAGCUGUCCCUGCCCCAUCUGGCCUGUCAUUUGGAGAAGUGACCGCAGACACUAUGCUGGUGACCUGGAAUGCCCCUCAGGUGCCCAAAUCCUCUGAUAUCGACCGCUACAUCAUCCGCUAUCAUCCAGUUGAUGACGACGAUGACACCAUUGAGCGCACUGUGGAUGGAAACACAAACUACGUUGUUCUUCGCCAUCUUGUGCCCAACACUGAGUACCUGGUGAGUGUGAUUUGUGUCUAUGAAGAGAGAGAGAGCUCACCUGCCAUUAGCACUCAGAGAACAGUCCUCGAUGCACCUGUCGGCCUGCAGUUCUCUGAUGUUGGCACCAACUCCUUCACCGUACGCUGGCAGGCUCCUCAGGCCGUUAUCUCAGGAUACCGUAUCCGCUACCAAAUGACCAGUGGUGGACGUGUUAAAGAGGAGAGACUGCCCCCAUCAAGGAGCCAUUUCACCCUCACAGGCCUGACCCCGGAGACCGAAUACAGCAUCAGCGUCUAUGCCGUCAGCGGAUCCCGCGAGAGUCUGCCUCUAACUGGAACUCAGUCUACCAUCUCUGAUGCCCCCACUGACCUGGAAGUUAUAUCCUCAACGCCAACCAGCAUCACCGUUCGCUGGGACGCCCCCUCUGUCACUGUGAGGUACUACAGGAUCACACAUGGAGAGUUGGGAGGUUUUGACGCCCCUCAGGAAUUUUCUGUCCCCGGCUCCCAGUCUACUGCCACUAUUGAAGGCCUACGUCCAGGCACCGAUUACACCAUUACUGUUUACGCUGUGACCGGCAGAGGGGACAGCCCUGCGUCCAGCACCCCCAUCCAUGUUAUACACAGAACAGAUAUUGAGUCUCCAUCAAAGAUGGAGGUGACUGACGUGAAGGACAACACUAUUACUGUGCGUUGGAACCCAGCAGUGGGCCCCAUCUCAGGAUAUCGUGUCACAGGAACUCCACUAAAUGGACAGGGUCCUGCUUUCUCUGAAGUGGUCGCUCCAGAUCAGACUGAAAUGACGUUCUAUGGCCUGAUGCCGACAGCGGAGUACACUGUCAGUGUGUAUGCUUUGGGACAGGAUGGAGAGAGCCCCCCUCUGGUCGAAACUGUAGUCACAACGGUGGAUAAACCCAAAGAUCUGUCCUUCACUGACGUGGACUCAACGUCCAUGCGCAUCUCCUGGGAGAGUCCUGAUGGAGUGGUCUCCUCUUACAGAGUGUUGUACUACAGUCCAGAGGAGGGAGAGAGAGAGCUGUUCCCUGCCCCACGUGGAGAUGAUGAGUCUGCAGUGCUGCAUGGCCUCAGACCGGGCACAGAAUACACUGUUAAAGUCAUCGCACUGCAUGACCGGACCCCCAGCACUCCACUGGUGGGCACUCAGACAACAGCUAUUCCUGGGCCCACAAGUCUGCACUUCUCCCAAGUGGGUCCAACAUCCUUCACUGUCUCCUGGUCUUCUUCUGACGUCAGGCUAACAGGUUACCGUGUGGCCAUCACCCCCAAGAGCAAGAAUGGACCCACUAAAGAGGACAACAUCUCCCCUGACUCGACUGAGUUCCACGCCACUGGACUCAUGCCUGGCACUGAUUAUGAAGUGGAGGUUUACGGUGUGAAGAACUCUCUCACCAGCCGUCGUGUCAAGGGAGAAGUCACAACACCUGACAACAUUAGUCCACUUCGACGUGUCCGUAUAUCCAAUGUGAAGGACUCCUCCAUCACUCUCACCUGGCGCUCUAAGACUGAGUCCAUCUCUGGCUUCCUGGUAGAAGCCACACCCACCAUGGGCGGCCAUAACCCAAUCCAGAGAACCAUUGAACCUGAUUCACGCACCUACACCAUUACUGGUCUGGAGCCAGGAACCACUUAUAAGAUCAAUAUCUAUACUCUGAAUGGAAGUGCACGUAGUGAGCCUUUCACCCUUACAGCUACUACAGCGAAACCAGUUAUCAGCCCACCCACAAACCUCCAUUUCACCUCUCUGACUCCUACUUCAAUCUCCUUUACCUGGGAGCCUCCACGAAACUCUAUCACAGGAUACUACGUGACCUAUGAAGAACCUGGAGACAUUCCUAAAGAGCUGACCCCUCGACCUCAGGCUGGCAGGACCUUCGCUUCCAUCUCUGGUUUGAAACCAGGCACUGAAUAUGUUAUCAAGAUUGUGGCAUUAAAUAACGCUCAGAGAAGCAUUCCACUGAUUGGAAAGGCAAAAACUCAACUGGAAAGUCACCAGCCGACCCCCCAGCUCCCCGACCCCAGCCGGCCCAGCCAUGACAUCCUGGAUGUGCCAGAGGACAACGACCACUUCAACAACCAUGUGCAUAUGCUGGGGCCAAACAGACACCACAAACCUGGGCAGCAGGGCCAACACAUCUACACUGAAUAUCAGAGCUACAACCUGGGCAAUAACGGCCAGCAGCCUCAUCCCCCUAGCCACCGCGAGCCCCUGGUCUACAUCCCCCUGCCAGGAGCAGAUGGCCAGAGAGUGCCAGUGGUGCAGGUGAGCGAGGGACCUGAACCUGGCUUCCCCUUCAGUGGCCUUUACAAUGAGACAAACCUGCCCCAGGAAGCUCAGACCCAGACCACAAUCAUGUGGCAGCCUGUGCCGCACACCUCAGAGUAUGUGGUGUCAUGCAGUCCCAUUACAGAGAUUAAUGAGAAGACCUUCCAGAUGCGUCUGCCUGGUACGUCCACUAGUGCUACACUGAUCGGUCUCACCUCUGGUGCCUCCUAUCAUGUUCUUGUGGAGUCUGUCAACGGAGACCAAAAACAGAAAGUCCUGGAUGAUGUUGUGACUGUCGGAAACGGUGUUCCAGAGGCUGGAGUGAUUCCCACAGGCAGGAAUGUGUGCUAUGACACAUUCACCGCCACCUACCAUGAGGUGGGCGCAGAAUGGGAGCGCAUGUCCGAGACGGGCUUUAAACUCUGGUGCAAGUGCCUUGGCCUUGGCAGUGGUCAUUUCAGAUGUGAUUCAUCCAAGUGGUGCCAUGAUAAUGGCCACAACUACCGAAUUGGUGAGAAGUGGGACCGUCAUGCUGAGAACGGUCACAUGAUGAGCUGCACCUGUCUGGGCAACGGGAAAGGAGAGUUUAAGUGUGAACCCCUUGAAUCCACCUGUUAUGAUGAUGGGAAGCUGUACCAGGUGGGCAACCAGUGGCAGAAGGAAUAUCUCGGAGCAAUUUGCACAUGUACCUGCUAUGGAGGACAACAGGGCUGGCGCUGUGAGAACUGUCGUCGUCCUGGUGCUGAAGUUGACGUGGACCUCAUUCAGCCUCCAGUUCGCACUGAUGCUUACGACCGCUACAGAGAGAACGCCCUACGCAAACUGAACAUUCAAUGUCCAAUCGAAUGCCUGAGACCAGACCUCUUAGCAGAUGCUCAGAGCCCUCUAGAAUAAAUGUGCUUUGCCCAGUAAAUCAGUUUUGCCCAGUAAUGGAGAGGACAGGGCCCCCAGAGACUGUAUUUAGCUCCCUUAGUGCCUCUUUGUCCUUAUCUUCACUCACACUGCAAACUCUGUCCUGCUGCUUCCACCUGUGACAUCACACCCAGAGACAAAACUUCUCUCUUUUGAUUGGUCGAGUCAGCUGCCAGUCUCCCUCUGCAUAGUGGAUGGAAGGACGCCAUCCAUCUACACCGAGAUUCCACUGAUUUGAAGCUUGGCUGUUGACAUCAUUUCCACAUCCUCUGGAAACUCAAAUCAGUGGAACUUCAGCAGAGAAUCAACACAUUUUGCCUUUGUGUUUUUCAGUAUUAUUGCUUAUUGUCUGAUUGUUUUUUAAAUGAUUUUGUGACUUUUUGUGCAUUUUUGUCAGUGAUCUAAACGUUUAUUAGUGUUCUUUUCUAAAACAAGCACUGUCUUACAAUGAAAACCUUUGUGCCUUGUAGGCAUCCUUUUUGUAUGAUGUAAUAUUCACCCCUCCCUAAUCUGAUUGGCUGGUUGAUCUGUGGCCUUUGUGUUCAUCAGGAGACAAAGGAGAGCACUGUGUUAAUGAAGAAGUUAACUUUUUUUUUCUUUUAUUUAUCCCUUUUAUGUACGUGUUUUGAUGGAAUGCAGAUUAUGGGUGUAUACUGUUUUUAUGUUUAUGUUUUAGGUGCCAAAGUCUUAACUACUGUGGACAAAAAUACUUUUUAAUAAAAAAUUUUUUUUU